AUGGUGGAUAUGACAUUGCCUGACCCAGCUCCAGCACCAUAUUAUUAUGACUAUGGAGAUGAUGUCAGAACACCACAUGUAGAUGAACAAAAGUUAACAUUAUAUUUAGAUUAUCAUAGAUAUAAAAGAUAUAAUGCAAUAGAAAAAACGAGAAUAGUAUAUUAUUAUACAGAUGACAGAAAUAAAUAUUAUAGUCAAGAUUUUACCCACCCCGAAAACAUAAGAUUAUAUUAUAAAAAAUAUUCUGACACAAACCAAAAGAAACCUGAAAUAGUUGCACUAUAUUUUAAGUUCAAAAGAGACAAUCCUAUAAUAUCUCAUAUGUUUGAUUUAAUGAACCCAGUAGGUUCUAUUUAUACAUCUAUGGAUGCAAGAGGUCCUCAAGUAAUGUUUGGUGUUGGUGCAUGGGAACAAAUAGUCGACAGGUUUUUGUAUUGUGCAAACUCAUCAAAGGAAACAGGGGGAAGUAAAACGAUUACAGGUGAAAAUUUACCUGCACACAGUCACUACAUAGAUUUAAGUACAUCUCAAGCGGGUUGGCAUAAGCAUAGAUAUUGGGAUUGGUCAGGAAUGACAAAAGGUAAAGGAUAUGAUGUUAAAGAUGACGUUAAGUUUGCUAUAAAUUGUUACUGGAGUGACACUCAGGGAGAAGGAAACCAUACACAUUUCGUUUCAGGAUAUACACAAACAACAGGACAAAGUAAAGAAUACAUGCCACCUUACAUGACAGUUUACGCAUGGUAUAGAGUUCAAUGA